AUGUCGGUACAGGAAAAUCAACCCAAGGGACAAGCUAGUGUUCCUCCCAAGGGGCCGGGUCAUGACCAAAUGCCUCUAUGGAAAAGAAUGACGGAUACGUCGAGACGAUUCAUGAAAAGAGACCCACAGCUGAUGCCUUUGGCUGCUAUAGCACUCAGUACCAUCGGCCUAUACGCAUACUUUCACUCGUACAAAGUCCGAGACGUUUCUCGCGAAACUUCCUUGCCACGACACAGCGAGACAAAAGCUUCUGGUCGUGGUUCCUCCAUCGGCACUUCUUCCGGCGAAGAUCCUGGCAGCCAAACGCCCAACGAUUCUUCCGCCGAUAAAGGAAAGUAUCAGGCCGCAUCAGGUGGGUUAGGCAGCUAUCUUUACCCUCACCUCGAUAAAUCUGAGAAAGAGGAUCUGGAGAAUGUAACGGUGAGACCGGAAGAAGGAUGGUUCGGAAGAACGAUGAAGCAGGCUGGCGUGCGGGAUCAGAAGAGAAAGGAUCAGGACUUUGAGGAGAGAUCGAAGCAGCAACAGGAUAUAGUGGCUGGUAGGGUCGAGAGAGAGGGAGGUGAUGUGCCGGCUAGGGAGAAGGAGCAUUUGAGCGAUUUGCAAGGACAUAAGCGGACUAAGUGA